GAGGAGAAGCGCACCGCACCGCGCGUAAAAGGCGCGCGCCGAGCGUCGCUCCGGUCGCUUGGCGAAUUCCGGGUCCCGGGAGUCAUGUUGAAGAUGAGCGAAGAGCACGACAAGUGCGAGCGGGCGUGCGGCAGCCCCGCGGGCACCGGCAGCUCGGCGUCCCAGGACGAGUCCGACUCGGACGCGCCGUCCUCGCCCGCCGGCUCCCCGCUGGCCGGCUCGAGCAAGAAGUCGGACUCGGGGGACGACGAGCGCUUCCCGGCGUGCAUCCGGGACGCCGUGUCGCAGGUGCUCAAGGGCUACGACUGGUCCCUGGUGCCCGUGCCGGCGCGGGGCGGCGGCUCCCUGAAGAGCAAGCCGCACGUCAAGCGGCCCAUGAACGCCUUCAUGGUUUGGGCUCAGGCCGCGCGCCGCAAGCUGGCCGACCAGUACCCGCACCUGCACAACGCCGAGCUCAGCAAGACGCUCGGCAAACUGUGGCGUUUGCUGUCCGAGAGCGAAAAGAGGCCCUUUGUGGAUGAGGCCGAGCGGCUGCGGGUUCAGCACAAGAAGGACCACCCGGACUACAAAUACCAACCCAGGCGGCGGAAGAACGUCAAGCCGGGCCACGGCGACUCGGACUCUGGCGCUGAGCUCGCCCAGCAGCAGCAGCCUGCUCCUCCUCUUCCUCCUCCUCAUCAUCAUCACAUGUACAAAGCGGAGCCGGGGAUGGCUGGACUCGGCGGGAUGGGCGACGGGCACCGCCAUCCCGAACAUCCAGGCCAGCCCCAGGGUCCGCCAACACCGCCCACCACCCCGAAAACGGAGGCGCAGCACGGCGCCAAGCGGGAGCCCAGGCAGCAGGGGCGCCGCCCGGCCGACGGCGGCAGGCACAACAUCGACUUCAGCAACGUGGACAUCUCGGAGCUGAGCACGGACGUCAUCGGCAACAUGGAGGCCUUCGACGUGCACGAGUUCGACCAGUACCUCCCCUUGAACGGCCCCGGCGCCGCUCCCUCCGCCUCCGCCGCCGCCGCCUUGUCCUUGGAGCCGGGCUCUUACGCUUACGGCGGCGCGGCGUGGAACCGCAAGAGCGCGGCGGCGGCCCCCGAGGCGUCCCAGCACCGCCUCCAGAUCAAAACGGAGCAGCUGAGCCCGAGCCACUACAGCCAGCGCUCCCCCUCGCAAGCCGACUACGGCGCCUACGGCGGCCAGGCCUGCCUGGCCCCCUCGCCGGCCCCUUUCGCCGCCUCGCAGUGCGACUACAACGAGGCGCAGAGCUCCGGCUACUACGCCCCUUACUCGGGCUACCCGUCGGGCCUCUACCAGUACCCGUACUUCCACUCGCCCAGGCGGCCCUACGGCGGCCCCAUCCUCAACGGCCUGAGCGCCGCGCCCGCUCACAGCCCCCCCGCCUCCGGCUGGGAACAGCCGGUCUACACCACGCUGACCCGACCCUAAUGGGCGGCGGGGAUGCGACACGGUCAAGCGCGAUGAGCAAAAAAAAAAAAAAACAACAACAAAAAAGUGCCUGCUGAUUUUCUCGGAAAUCCUCACUUUCUUUGCAACGCUUGACUUUGCGCACCGAGAGAAUUCUUGGCCGUGCCUCCGUGAGGACGUAUCAUGUCUCUGUGGCCUGUCCUUUUUUUUUUUUUUUUUUUUUUAUGGCAUGGCACUUAGCGGUGAAACACGAGCCUCUUUCACGCAGUUCCCACAAAACAGCUGCAUCGGAGAGCCGGCGCUCCGCGGCGGCAUUAAAAUCCCAGUUUCGGGGUCCGCUGCCCCUCCUGAAAAACGGACGCCACGUGGUCGAGCGGCUCCGGGCUCCGAGUGGCCGCGAUAUUUUGUUCCCUGUGAUGUGAGGCCACACUCGGCUGCCUUACAAGUGUUGUUAGCGAGGGAAGAGCUGGUGUGGUUGGAGCUGGCUAGCUAGCUUGCUAGCUCGCUAAGCGCACGCCAGAACGGUGGCAAAGACAUCACGGCGGGGGCCACUGGGAAAGUGACAAGUACGCGACUCCAUGGCGGCACAAUUCUCAGUUGGAGUAAACUUGCCCAGGUCUGAUCGUCCAAUCUGUUUUGAGCUCACGGGGUCUUUGCAGCACACCCAUCAAAAGGCACAUUUGGCAACACAAUAUGGUGUCUUUUUUUUCCGGGAGAUGUACGAAAUGCUUGUCGCACGCGGUUUUUGGGGGGGGCGUUUGGCUGGGUCAAAAACUGCAGAGUCAUCUUGACCUGAGGCGAGCUACUGACUGACUCCCACGAUGCGAAAAGUGUGGACGUGAACAACAAAGUGCAUUUCGGAAUUCCCGCACGGCGAGUCUUCACAAAAGCGACUGGUAUGACUCUCACCGUCUUUCUACUGUGUGUAUAUAAAUGGAUAUUUAUGUUGUUGCAUUAUUGGUUUCUCUUCUGGCGGACACGCACGCUGCGCGAUGCGCCUCCCUGCGCGCGUCUCCUUGGCGGCGGGCGACGCGUCCACGUGUGAAUGCGUCCGUCCGGUUCCAAAAGUGACUUGUUGAUUGUUUGUUUUGUUUUUUAUCUCAGCAGCCAUCAAGUGCCACCGAAGCGCAUCGUUGUGUCUUUUGACUGUCAGUAUUGUUCCCAAACAAAAACCGCAGGUGUCAAAGUCUCCAAUUAGUUUUGUACCUUUUUCUGGAUGUAUGAUUGGGCACAAGCGGGCUUGCGAACACGGUUGUUCUAUUGACUUGUUUUUCCAAUGCCACGCCUUUUGUCCAGCUAACCCGUGUGCCGGCGGGCUUAAUAAAAUGCCUGUUCCUUA